CCUUGCUCCCAGGCUGCAUGCCCCCGCCCCUCUGCGUAACCUGGCGUCACUCGUCACGUGACGUCCGGCAGUGCUGCGAGGGGUAGGCGGUGGGUGUCGCUCCCGCUGCCACGGUCUGCGCAGGGAUGAUUUCCGCCGAAUGAAGCUCACUGAGGCGUGAUGGCGAGGGCCUAGGGGAAGGCGCAGAUAGGCCCGGACGCCGCCUGUAGCUGCCCUCGGCCUCCCGGCCUCUGCGCGCUUUCCUGCGCCGUUGCUAGGCAGCCGCCUCUGGGCGCGGGAGGCAGGGCGGGCUAAUGCGGAAAGGUACGGGUGCCGGGGAGGAGCUGUGAUUGCGGAGGGUCCGGGUGUCUGGCAGAGGGCUAUGGAGCAGUACUGCAUCCUGGGCCGCAUUGGGGAGGGCGCGCACGGCAUCGUCUUCAAGGCCAAGCACGUGGAGCCGGGGAUGGGGCUGCAGUGUCUGCGUCCUGUCAAACAGACUGGAGAGAUCGUUGCCCUCAAGAAGGUGGCCCUGCGGCGGCUGGAGGAUGGCAUCCCCAGCCAGGCCCUGCGGGAGAUCAAGGCCUUGCAGGAGAUCGAGGACAGUCAGUAUGUGGUACAGCUGAAGGCCGUGUUCCCGCAUGGCGCAGGCUUCGUGCUGGCCUUCGAGUUCAUGCUGUCAGAUCUGGCUGAGGUGGUGCGCCACGCCCAGAGGCCGCUGGCCCAGGCGCAGGUCAAGAGCUACCUGCAGAUGCUGCUCAAGGGGGUCGCCUUCUGCCAUGCCAACAACAUUGUGCAUCGAGACCUGAAACCAGCCAACCUGCUUAUUAGUGCCUCGGGCCAGCUCAAGAUAGCGGACUUUGGCCUUGCCCGGGUCUUUUCCCCAGAUGGCAGCCGUCUCUACACGCACCAGGUGGCCACCAGGUGGUACCGAGCCCCUGAGCUCCUGUAUGGUGCCCGCCAGUAUGAUCAGGGUGUCGACCUGUGGGCUGUGGGCUGCAUCCUGGGGGAGCUGUUGAACGGGUCCCCCCUUUUCCCAGGGGAGAAUGACAUUGAACAGCUUUGCUGUGUGCUUCGAAUCUUGGGCACCCCCAGUCCUCAAGUCUGGCCGGAGAUCAAGGACCUGCCUGACUACAACAAGAUCUCCUUCAAGGAGCAGGCUCCCGUGCCCCUGGAGGAGGUGCUGCCCGAUGCCUCUCCCCAGGCCUUGGACCUGCUGGGGCAUUUCCUCCUCUACCCUCCACGCCAGCGCAUUGCAGCCUCCCAGGCCCUCCUGCACCAGUACUUCUUCACAGCUCCCCUGCCUGCCCACCCCUCGGAGCUGCCGAUUCCUCAGCGCCCAGGGGGACCUGCCCUCAAGGCCCCCCCAGGACCCCCCCACAUCCAUGACUUCCACGUGGACCGGCCUCUCGAGGAGUCGCUGUUGAACCCAGAGCUGAUUCGGCCCUUCAUCCUGGAGGGCUGAGACGUUGGGCCAGGCCCCACCGGCGUGUCCCCUCCUUCCCUCCCCAGGACAAGCCAGGCCUCUUGUUCUUCUGCUCCGGCCUGAUUCGACCACAGUGGUCCUGCUCCUGGCCAGGCCAUCCAGCCUCAGCAGAGGGGACC